AUAAAAAUAAUGAAUCCAAAAAAUGACAUCAAUAACAUAUUUGCAUGUAUUGUUAAUGUGUUUGCAUUGAUUUAUGGAUGUAAACGAUGUCUAUCAACAGGACACGUUCAGAAUAUCUGUCUGUCCCCCAUGUGAAGUCACGUAACCCCGGGCUGCCCCCUAGCGGACAGCGGCGGCUCUUACAGCAUAAGUCCCGGCUGAGAACAGAUAAGUUUCGGUUUCCAAUCAUCAGAAACGAUACCGUCCUUUCCCUCCUCCCCUGAACCCAGCACCACGUCUCCUUCGUCGGAGCUGGAAGGAGAAACACGACGUGGUGUGGGGUGGGAGAGAGCGUCGACUCGACGACGACGAUGGAGUCCGAAAUAUUUCAGUUCAUCUGCGCCAACCGAGGAGCGGUGAACACCGACGACCUGCUGUACAACGUCUGCCUCGGCAACUCCGCCAGUGUGUCGGAGUUGAUUUGCAACCGAGAGAAAUUCGCCCUGUGCUGUCUGGACGGGCAGCCGAAGGUGGUGGCCCGGACCCGGCUGAGGCUGUGCAUGGCCAGGGACUGUCCGGGGACCUGCCGGGGACUUCACCUGUGUAAAAGCUUCCUCUUCAGCGGAACCUGCCCCUACAGCCUGUCGAAGAGAGGAUGCAGCUUCUCCCAUGAGCUAAACUCUGAGCACAAUGGAAGGAUACGGAGAGAGCACGGACUGGAGAGUCUGAGCAGGACGGAGCUGUGCACACUGCUGCUGCAGAACAACAACACACUCCUGCCUCAGAUAUGUCAUGAUUACAACAAUGGUAACGGGGAGUUCGGCAGGUGUCAGGAUGGCGACAGCUGCCAGAGACUGCACAUCUGUGAGGUCUACCUGAAAGGAGACUGCUGCUGCCCCAGGACCCACGGUCUUAAUGCUCCGCAGCCACUGAAAAUCCUGAGGGAGAAAAACGUGCCUGACAACCUUAUUUUCUCCUUGAAGUCUGUGUACGCAAAUAAAGAGGCUUUACGGUUGUCUGGCGAUGACGGCUCUGCUGCUGCCAGUUUUACCGAAGCGGGCAGAGACGGUGGUCUGAAUGCAUCACAGACAGAGUGGUACAGAGGGAGAGGUGGUCCCCGGGGCAACAGGGGAGACAGAGGCAGCAGGGGCAACAGAGGCAACAGGGGCAACAGGGGACACCGGGGCAACAGGGGAUUUCGAGGAAACAGAGGAAACCAGGGCGGCCCUCAACGACGAUCUGGUUCCACUAGUGACAUCUUGGCCAUCAUCGAUGACUUGGAUCUCUACAGCGAGGACGGGCUUAGCGAAGGCAGCAGUCAGCAGCCACAACUCAACUCUUCCACCUGUUGCUCUGCUGCUGCCAGCGGCACAGAUGCAAGCAGCAACGGUUGGGAGAACCUGAAUAAAACCUCAUCACCUGUCAGAGGAAGAGGUGGUUAUUUUGGCAACCGGGGAAACAGGGGCAACCAACCUGUUGACGUCAAUGAUAAAAACGCAACCAGCGAUGAUGGAGCGAACAGAAGACCAAGACAAAGGGCUUUUCGUGAGAAAACCGAGAUAUGUCUGUUUUUCAUCAAAGGCAACUGUAUACACGAGGACAAGUGUUUCAAAGCUCAUGACAAGAUGCCGUACAGGUGGGAGGUCAGAGAGGGGCAUCAGUGGACCGCCAUGACCAACAAUGAGACGAUUGAGAAGGACUACUGUGACCCCAAAAACACAUACAGUGGUUGCAACCCGCCUGUUCAUUUUGACAUGAUGACCUGUGGGCUGAACAAUGUACGGCGACUCUCUACCUGUAGCUCUUUGGUUGAGCCGUCCUUCAUCCUCACCACCGAGUGGGUCUGGUACUGGGAGGAUGAGUUCGGAAACUGGAAACCGUACGCUUCAGCCACUGAUUCAUCUUGGUUUCAGACUGGUGGCCUCGGAGGAGCAGACACCGACAGCGCCAUGCUGGAGGAGAAGUUUCUCGCCAACGAUAAAGACGUGGUGGAGUUUACUGCUGGUUCGCAGUCAUAUUCACUCAGUUUCCAGGACAUGAUACAAACAAAUACGCAGUAUGGCACCAAGAGGCUUGUGAAGAGACGGCCCCAGUUUGUCUCUGAAGCGGAUGUCCGAACCAAGAAAGUGAGAAAGCCUCUGGGUGCUGCAAAUUUUUUGGCUAUACCCAAACACUGGGACAAGACACAAAUUCCUGCAACAGGAUGUAAGCGGGUCUCCCUCCAGAACUCCUCAGAUGAAUUCAAGGAGGUUGAAGCUCUCUUCUGUAAAACCGUGAGAGGCUUUGACGUAGUCAAAAUCGAGAGGAUUCAGAACAAAGCACUGUGGGAAAUCUUUCAGUGGCAGAAGACUCAGAUGAAGAACAGAAAUGGUGGUCGCAACGUGACAGAAAAAAAGCUCUUUCAUGGCACUGACUCCAAACAUGUAGAAGCCAUCUGCCUCACCAACUUUGAUUGGAGAAUCUGUGGAACUCAUGGAACCGCUUAUGGCAAAGGUAGCUACUUUGCCCUCGACGCCAAAUACUCCCACUCCUACACAGGUGACUCUGACGUCAGAUCCAUGUUCAUGUCGCGGGUGCUGGUGGGACACUUCACCAGAGGUUCCUCCGACUACCGCCGACCUCCUUCAAAGGACGGUGGGGACGUCAACUUCUAUGACAGCUGCGUAGAUGACAUCACAGACCCGUCUAUCUUUGUUGUAUUUGAAAAGCCCCAAAUCUACCCUGAGUACCUUCUGCAGUACAAGGCCUCAGGCCUGCUCUUUGACGACGCCACAGCGGCACUGGCGCUGGCACCGGUACCGGCUGCCAAGCCACACCCCCAGAUCGCGUCAUUUUAUAAUUCCACGACAGCCACAUACCUCCCCAGCACAUCUGUUCAGCCCACCACAGCCUCAUACCUCCCCAGCACAUCUGUUCAGUCCAACAGAGCCUCACACCAACCCAGCACAUCUGUUCAGCCCAACAGAGCCCCACACCAACCCAGCACAUCUGUUCAGCCCAACAGAGCCCCACACCAACCCAGCACAUCUGUUCAGCCCAACAGAGCCCCACACCAACCCAGCACUUUGUAUUACCAACCCAGCACAGGCUCUUACCAGUACAAACCCACAACAGUUAAAAAACCCACACAGUCUUCUUCACCUUCCUCAGAAAAGAAAUCGUCUGAUUCCUGUGUCAUUGUUUAGGAGCAGAGGUGAAGUGAGGCCAGGUGGGAAAUAACUUUGUUAGACAUUUUGAAGGAGCUUGAUGGAGCUCACGCAGAAUGCUUUGGAUUAUUUGGCGACUAGAUUUAAUAUAGUGAUGAACAUUAAAUUGUGUAAAGAGGCUUUCAUGCCGUACCUGGUAGGGUAAUGUAAAGCCGGUAUUUACUGCAUGCGGAAAACCAAAUAACACUCAUUAUUAACCACACAGAUAAAACUGUCUUGGGGAAAACACUAAUGAGAAGUAGCGUAAGGGUUCACAGUAGCCAGGACGUUACCAUCGAAAUGUAACAUAUUUUAACCACAUUAUCUGAAAAUCUAAUUGUUUAAUGCAAAUAUUUAAAGUUAGUUCAUUGGGGUUAAGAAGCAGGUGGUGCUAAUAGCUCCGCCAGGUGCCAUUUAUCCUUCAUGGAGGAAUACGACAGCGAGAUGGUGUAAUUAAAAACGUACCAAAAAAAAAAGAUCUUGAAAAUAAGAUGGGGGUGCAAAAAAAGUUUUCAUGUGAGGCAGGUAAAAGUCUCCCCAUGGCUCCACGCCAUUUUUCGGGUUGGUCGUAAUUAAAGUACUUUUGUGUGUUUUUUUCCUUACUACAAUAAUGUGUCCAACUUUGCUACGUGUCAAGACGUUUUUUGCAAUAUUUCUUCUUUUGUUUUUCCUUAAUUUCUCGAUUUUCCACUCAUACAUGUGAAACAGUCCUCCUCAUGCAGGCGAGUGCGUUACUGACAAAUUUGCUCAAGAGAUUUUAUACAUCACAAUCCCAUUUAAAUACAAAUAUUUAGUUAGUAUUGCGUGAAGAGAUGCUACUGGAUAUCUCCCCAACCAGUAGAGGGAGACAAUAACUUGUCCACAUCCCAAAAAAUGUAUGGCUACAUUAAUGUCAAUGGUUUGGUUUUCACACAAUGUUAAGGGUGUUCGCGUAUUAUAUAUAAUACACAGGAUUUUGUGUAGUCAUUUGCUUAACGUUGUCAUUCCUCUGAAAAUACUGACUUUGUCCAGAUUGUUGUGCUCUCCGCACUUUUGAUUUUUUUUUGUGCAUUGAAAAUAAAUGUAAAAUUAAUUUCA